AUGACAACGAAACCAUCCGAUGCACCAUGGGCCGACGAGCCCUUCCGUCUUAUUGCUACGCCGUCCAAACGACUAGAAAAUUCGCUCGGCCACGUUCACUGCGCCACUGAAAUGGCACAUGCACACAAUGUCAUUCUCAGAGGUCUUAAUUCCAUUCUUCAACAAGCGCCCUAUAUCCCCGCUGAACACAAAAAAGACGUCAAAGAUCUGCUCUUUUACACGCAGUCGUGGGUGAAAAUGGUCAAUCAUCACCACUGGGUAGAGGAAAGGUUCAUAUUUCCCGAGCUGGAGAAGUCCACUGGUAAGCAGGGCAUAAUGGACACUCCGAAGCACCAACACGGGCUGUUCCACAGUGGGAUAGAGAAACUCCUCGCGUACACGGAACAUGCAUCAAGUAAUCUUGAAACUUACCGCUGGGACGGAGAGGGCGGCAUGAAAGAGAUCAUUGACUCGUUUAGCCAACACCUGGUCGAUCAUCUCUACGCUGAGAUUGACACCUUUCUUGGGCUAGGAGACAUGGACAUAGACGGAGCUGUGUUGAAGGAGACGUGGGGGGAAGCAGAGAAGAUUGCACAGCAAAAUGGUAAUCUUGCCAUGCUGUAUGAUGUCUUUCCUACGGUGCUGGGCUGCGCCGACAAGACUUACGAAGGUGGCCAUGAGUUUCCUCCAUUGCCAUGGAUUCUACCUUAUGUAGUCAAGUAUUGGUUUGCCGCUGGUAAUGGGGCAUGGCGAUUCAACCCGUGCGACUGGUGGGGGAGGCCGCAGCCGCUGAAGUUUGGUCCUUCUUGA